CUGUGAUAAUGUAUGAAGACCAGUCGCACAUUCAUCCUUCACGCCACCUCUGAUACAAGUCUUUCAGCGUAGCGUGUGAAUUGCCCCAAACGACUAUGGUACCAUUAGCUUGAGAAAAACACAAGAGUCGGGUGCCUAUGGGGAAGAAGCUUGAUGCUCUGUUUGGAAGAAGCUUCAAAGCCACAAAGUUCACCCCACUCGUUAACCUUGCCAUUGCUCGCCUUGCUGUUCUCAAGAAUCAAAGACAAACACGAUCCAAACAAGCCCUUUCUGAUGUCCUUCAACUCCUCCAACUCGGUCACCAUGAACGAGCUUUGCUUCGAGUUGAGCAUGUGAUCAAGGAGCAGGAUAUGAUUGACGUGUAUGAUAAGGUUGAAGGAUACUGCAGCCUAUUGAUCGAAAGGGUUCACCUCAUUGAACAAGAAAGAGAAUGUCCUGAGGAGCUUAAGGAGGCAGUAGCAGGUUUACUGUACGGAGCAUCACGGUGCGGAGAAUUUCCAGAGCUCCAAGAGAUUCGUGCAGCUUUGACAUGUCGGUUUGGUAAAGAAUUCACUGCUCGUGCGGUUGAGUUACGCAACAACUGUGGUGUCCAUCCACAGAUGGUCCAAAAGCUGUCAACAAGGAAGCCAAGCUUGGAGAGAAGACUGAAGGCACUCAAAGAAAUUGCCGCUCAGAACAGUAUUGUUCUGCAGCUUGAAGAAGUUUCUUCCUUAUCAUAUGAGGAACAACUGAAUGCGAAAACGCAAAACCAGCCUGAACCUGAGACCAGGGAAAAACAAGACCUCAACAUUUUACCUGAAGGAGGAAAUUUUGGUGGGUUAUCUGAUUCUUUCAAGGCUAGAGAAAAGUACAAGGAUGUUGCUGAUGCAGCACAGGCAGCUUUCGAGUCUGCAACAUAUGCAGCAUCUGCUGCCAGAGCAGCAAUGGAAAUCUACCGGUCCGAACCACGUGAUGAUGAUGAUCCGAGUAAUAGUACUAGCCCUCAGCAAAGAAAAUUAUUAGAUGGGCAUGAUCCUGAGAGAGCCACUACGUCUCAACAUGAACACAAGAAAAUUCUCAGUGAAAACCAAGGAGAAGAGUCUGACAAGAGUGCAGAGAAGCUAGGAAAGCAAGAAGACUUUCCAAGUUCAGAUUCAGUUGAUGAGAUUUUGAAGGAGAACAGUGUUUUCGUGAAUGAAGAAGUUGAGGUUGAGAAUGAAAGUCAAGAAAAAGAGCUACCUGUUUUUGCUGGAAUGGAGGUUGGAACAAGCUCUAGCCACCAAUUUCCAAAUCCAGUGUCAGGGUCCAAGAUGCAGAGCACGCCACAAUUGGACUUGCACAAGAGGCCAUUUUCUGUGCGGACUAGACAUGUACGGACCUACUGAAUUGGGAUCUUAAAGGGAACCACUAGCACCAGCUGGCUGUGGACAGAAUUCAUGAGUACCCGCCAAAAUGAGAGAUUCUUAAAUCGUUACUUGUGUACCAGAAUAUUUUUUUUUAGAUAUAUUUGCAAGAUAUAUAUGUGUGUGUGUGUGUAUGUGUACGCAUCAUUGAUUUGGUCUAUUAUUUACAUGUUUAUGGACUGAAUCUUACAAUAUUUUCCCCCAUAAUAAAAUGAGUCCAUUGAAACUUCCAUUUAUGGACCCUGUC